AUGCUAAAAAUCUCGAAUAAGUCAAGGAAAAAUGAAUAAUUGGAAACGAUAUAAGUGAUCGAGAAAUGUACAAAAAUUAUGAAGGAAGAUCGUUUGUAAUUGAGGCAAAUGGUUAAGGAUGAAAAUGUGAAACUCAUUGAAUUGGUUGCGAAAUAUAAAAAAAGGAGUGAUCUCAAUGAUCUACAAUAAGAAUUAAGAAAGUUCCUUAAAGAUAAAAAAGGAUCACCUGAAAAAGUGCAAGGGGCUCCCCUUAUUUUGAGAAAAGUCAAAUCAAAAGAGAGAUGUGAAUGGAAUACAUCAAUGAGUUCGAAUCCUUCCAUUAAAUCACCUAGUCGAUCCAAUCUAGAUUUCAGGAAGAAACAAAAGGAAGAUUAAUCACAUAAAAAAAUGGAAUCGUUCAAGAAGUAAGAAAAAUUGGACAGUCAGAUUGAGCAUAAAGAAAAUGAGGAAUUUAAGAUACUUGAUGAAAUAUAAGAAGUUAAGCCAUAAGAACAGCAAAUUGUCUUCAAUACAGCAAAUUCAGUUAUUGAUCCAUUUUUUGAGGAUCUCACUCCAGUCAAAAUGGAAUUCCAAACCAUUGUUUCUUAAGCACCUCUCAAUCAAAGUGAUUAAAGAAGCGAAUGCAUAUUGUAAUAUAAUGCAGCUGAAAUAUAGCAAUAUAUUUAAUAGGAUAAACAUUAUGUAUAUAAGGAAACCUAUAUAAUUCCACAAUUAAUCAGUCUAAACUAUAAAUAAAUGGUGAAUGCAGAAUACUAAAAUUUAUUUACAGAUUGGAAAAGCAUACUCACUCCUUAAGAACCUUCUUAUCACAUAAAGUAAGAAAAUGUGUAUGAAUCCCAAUUAUAAAUUGAGUCAGAACAAUCAAAGUAAAAUCAAACGACUCUCAAAACUGAACCUUCUCAACUUGUAAAGAGUUUAGAAAUCAGAGGUGUCACUGCUGAAGAAUUAUUCACUUAUUUGGUUCAUCAUAGAUUCACCAAAAGGUUGAAUCUAUAUUAACUUAUGGAAAAUGCAAAGAUAGCCAUCCCAAAUGCAUAGUUGGAUUUAGAUUCUUUGUUUAAAUUGGCAGAUACUGAUGAAGAUGGAUGGAUUAAUUUAGAAGAUUUAGGAAAGACCUUGAGGGAAACCUGUGUAGAAAAGGAGAGUCAUGUAAAUCCAAUUAAGGAAUUGUAUAAUCUACUUAAUGGAAAUGUGAACAUGGACAAUUUUAUCAAUUAGCUGAAUGAUAGAAUUUAAGCUGAAAUUCUCUACCAUGAAAUUGAUCUAUUUGGAAAAGGAUUCAUAACGUAUUGGGAAAUGUACAAUCAUUAUGAAGAAAUCGAAAAACUAUUGAUUAAAUGA